AUGCAGAUGGAAGUAAACAAACCUCAAGAUGCAAUACUUGUGGCGCCACCUCAGAACCUUGCCACUUACAAACAUGCUAAUGCAACAAUAAUAGCUCUUGUUAGAAAUGCAGAGUCUGGUAAAUUAGGCCAGAGUAUAAAAAGAUUCCAAAAACUGUUUAAUGACAAAUUCAACUAUCCAUACACUUUUAUCAAUGAUCAGCCAUUUACCGAUAAGUUUAAAGAACGGAUAAAAAGAUACACAAAUGAUGCUCCUGUUGAGUUUGUUACAAUAAAUCCCAAGAAUUGGGACAAACCACAGUUUAUAGAUGAAGCCAAAGAAGCCAAGGAAAUGCAGAUUAUGCAUUCGCAUGAUGUAGCAUAUGCUCAAAAGGCCUCGUACCAUAACAUGUGUCGCUUUUACCUGGGUCUGUUUUACAAUUUACCUGAAUUGCAAAAAUACAAGUAUUAUUGGAGAAUAGAACCACAAGUUGAUUUUUACUCAGAUGUCACCUAUGACGUUUUCAAGUAUAUGGAAGCAACUGAAAAAAUAUACGGAUUCGUUAUAGGACUUUACGAUAUAGAAGAGACUGUAAAGUCUUUGUGGCCAGAAACAUUGAAAUAUUUAAACACGGGGGACAAUUAUAAAUACGUCAACGAAAACGGAAGUUUCCAAUGGUUGAUUGAGGAUCUCCAGAAUCCAGAAAGGAACAAAGUAGCCGGCGGCUAUUCAACAUGCCAUUUUUGGUCAAACUUUGAGAUUGGUGAUAUGGAUUUUUUUAGGAGUGAAGCUUACAAUAAUUGGUUUAAAUAUUUAGACUCUACUGGCGGAUUUUAUUACGAGAGAUGGGGCGAUGCACCUGUACAUUCAAUCGGGGUUAGUUUAUUUGCCGAUAAGUCAAAGAUUCAUUGGUUUAGAGAUUUGGGAUAUAGUCAUGACCCUUACUUUAAUUGUGCUAAUACGCCUUUUACAAAAGGAUGUAGUGUUGGCAAAUUCAGCAAAUAUGAACAUUUGAAUAAUCAUAAUUGUCUUAUGAACUGGUUGGAAUAUGACAAUAUCAAGGACGUUUACAAAGAAGAAGAAAAGAAGGAAAAGUGA